AUGAAAAGAAAAAUUAAUAGAAAAUAAUCUGCUUCAAAUAAAGAAGCAAAUUAAAGCACAGCUAAAUAACAAAUAUAAUAGUAAACUGACACUGAUUCUUAAUAAUCAUCAUCUUAAUCUGAAGAAUAAAAGUUUUACCAAUAUCAGUAAUAAUAGCAUAUCGCUGCGCAAUCUCCUCAAAAAGAUUAUACGCAAAGGUCGACCAGAAAGCAAUCAUUUAAAAACUCAUCAUAAAAAUAAAUAUCAGAUGAUGAAGAUGAUUAUAUGGAUUAAUAAGCCAAUUCUGAUGAGAUACAGUAGAAUAUUGAUGAGAUUAAUUAUGAGGAUCAUCGAAGAAAGCUUUAGGAUAAGUACAGCUAUUAGGAUCAGUAUGUUUUGUUUAUGCAGCAGCAGAAAGACCUCUCUUAUGAGUACAAAUGGCAAUAAAGAGUUGAAAAGCAAAAGAAGAAAGUACAGUCGAAUUCAUCAGAUGACUCAUAACUUUAAAUGGACUCAAGUGAGAGUAGUGAAGUGUCUGAGUAUAGACCGAAGAAAGUUGUAAGGAAGAUGUCUGGCUAGGGAAAAACUAACACCAUUAGAGAUAAUCGCAGAAACUUUGAUCGAUUCAGCAAAGAUUUUUAUCCACAAAAGUCUAGAACAUAGAGACAAGUUGUUUAAUAGUUUGAACCAUAGUUCAUUAAAACUCAAAGAAACUCUUAAAGAUAAGUACAGUCAAGGAGAUUUCAGAAUAAAUAGAGAGAUGACUCAGAUGAAGAUAGUGAGGAGAAUAUCAAUGAUGAAGAAUGGGAGUAGGGACGAAAACCUUUCAAUGGAACUACCCACGGUUUUAUGACGCUAAAAGUAAAAAAACUAAGCCAUACUUGUAAGAUUUACAGCAUGAUACUUAUUAGUGUUGAUUAGUGGGCGAAGAAGUAUGAUUAAAGAGGGAAAAAGUACUGGUAGAAUAAGGAGACUAAGCAUGUACAAUUUGUGAAGCCAGAUAGUGAAACAUACUUGAUAUAAGCCUGUAUACUUGGCAAUAUUGCUUUUCUUCAAGUCUAUCUGAAAGCUAAAGGGACAUUAGAAAUAAUUGACCAACAGAAAAGAAAUGCAUUACAUCAUUCAGUUUCAAAUGGUCAUAAGGAGAUCACUGCUUUAUUGUGUAAUUUUGGGAAGAAAUAUAAAUUGAUUGAACAUGCUGAUGUAAGUGGAAGCACUCCUUUAUUUCUUGCUAUAAGAUACAAUGAAAUUGACUGCUUAAAAAUUUUGAUAUCUUAUGACUGUAACUUGUUUCAUAGAAAAAAAAACGGUGAUACUUGCCUACAUAUUGCAGCUGCAUACAACUCUUUGAAUUCAAUCGUAACUGUAGCUAAUUAUGGAGGGUUUGAAUUAUUACUAGAAAGAAAUAGAUAAGGAUUACGACCUAUAGAUGUAGCUGAGAAAAUGAGAAACAAGGAAUGCUACUAAGCAUUAUAGAAAAUAGAGAGAAACUUGCAGUAUUAAAAUGCCAUUCUAGAAAGAGAAAUUUCUAGUAUUGAUAAACAGCAAAGGAAAAGAUAUAAGAAGAAUUCAGUGGUGCCAAUUGAUCAAAUUAAAAGUAAGUCAUCUAGAAGUAUCAAGAGCAGAGGAGACUAAGGAGGAUAUCUGAGAAAUCAAAGACUGAAAGUAAUAAAAGAGAUAUCUAGCGAAGAAUAAUACUCUGAUAAAAAGGUUUAGACUGAUAGCGAGGCUGACAUUGAUUAUCUAGGGGGCCAGACUAAAUAUACUAAACGAGUAUAAAAACUCAGUAGUAACUCUCAGGCAUUGAUGCAUUAAGAAAGCUACAUGAAGAAGCUGAAGAGGGAAAAGAAAAAAUCAGUUAGGUCUAAAGCAGAGAGUGAGGAUAUUCCUAUGUUUACCAAAUAUGAUAAGUAUAAACAAUAGCCUCUCAGGAAAAAUAAUCAUCUUGAAGAGAGUAAUUCAUAGAUUGAUGACUCCUAGGUCUAAGAUCAAAGUUUGAUCUAGAAAAGUGAUAGGUUUUAAAAUAAUUCUAGAAGAAGUAAUAAGAGUGAUAGAGAGUAAAAAAGGUCUUAUAGAAGGGAUCAAGAUUCAUAAGAACUAGAUAAGACUAAAAAUUUCUUUCAUCUUAGUGUCCGAGAUGAUAGUACAAUAGUAAAUCCGAAAAUGAGAAAACUUUAAACAGCAAGAGAUUUAUUCUUGAUGGGUAAAAGAGGCUAAUCUUAAGAAUCAAGUAGCCCAAACGAUGAUGAAGAAAUGUAAUAUGCUUAAGGAAAUAAGAGAUCUAAGUCAGUAAGAUCAAGCUCCAAGUAAAAAGAAAAUGAACCUUAAUCUGUAUUCGAAAAAGCGAUUAGUAAAACCUCUACAAUCGUUAAGUCGAUUGGAAGUUUCUUUAAAGGAGGUAUUGAGAAAAUAAAGGACUAUGUUUUCUAAGAAGACUUAAGGAACAAAGCCAUAGUUGAUAGAAUCAGAGCUAAAAGUGCAAGAUCAUAAAGUAAGACUAGAGAUUAGAAUCUUUCAGACUCUAGUUAGUAUGAAACACCCCGAGGAAAAAGCAAUUCUAGAUAACGUUCUUAAAGUCAUAGACAAAGAGAAAAAGAUUUGAUUAGAGUUGAAAUAGCUGAGAAUAUCAAACCCUAGAAAAAGUAUAAUAAAAACUAAAUUGUGCCUAUAUAAAUUGAGUAACAAGAAGAAGAGUCAAGUGAAGGGCAAUAUGUUGAAGUGAAAACUUAAAGAGGUAAGAAAUUGAAAUCUAAUAGCGUAGUUCCUUUUGAUGAUAAUAUACUCUACAAAACUCAUUAGAAGUCUAAUCUAUCAAAAGGAAAACUAUCAUAGAAGUAAUUCAAAGAGAUUAGUUAAUAAUAGCAGGAAGAGUCAAUUUCCUCAGAAAGUAGUCAUAGAGAAAGUUCACCAGUUAAGAUAAACAAAUCUAAAUCAAUAUCUAUAUAAGCAGAACCAAAAAAGGAGCUUAAAAUAUAGCAGAAAGCUGAGCAGAAAUCGCUAAAUCAUUAAGUACAACAUCAGCCUACUUCAACAAUGAGCUUGAAAUCAGUUGGUGUUGGUUCUAAUAACAUCAAUGAAAGUACUAACACGGUCUCUAUAUAUUCAGGAUAAUCUAACAAAUUAUAGCAUAGCCGAAUGAUUUAGAAAGAACAAAAGAAAAGAUUGGGAAAUAAAAGUAAACUUUUGCUUAAGAAAACAUAUUAAUCAUCUGAAGAUGAAAGAAGAAACACUAAUCUAAUUGAUAGAUCACCGUCCCCUGCUCCAAAAUUCAUGAAGGAGGAGAUAGCGUUUUAUAAGCAAUAGUAGUUAUUCCAGUAGAGUGCUUCACUGAUAUAGAAUGCUUUUGAGCAGAAGUAAGUGGAAGUUAUCUCCACUCAAUAGCAAAAUACUUAAAAUUCCACAUCUAUUUAGAGCGAUUAAAUUAUAAAACAAAAUAAUUAGCCUUAAGUCUUCUAAAGACAAGCUAAAUAGAAAGUGGGAUAGCACUAAGCAGCACCACUGCCUUAAUAGUAGUAGUAAGUUAGAAAUAACUCAGGUGUAAGUUAAAGUUAGUAAAGAGCACCAGUGCUAUUGACCUAAGAGUAGUUUGACAUGAUAAUGCUGAACUCUGAAGGAGAGACUAAAACUCAAACAGUACACGAAUCAUAAAAGCAGCACCCCUAGAACAAUUUAUACAAAGUAAUUGAAUCUGAUGUUGAUAAGAAACCAGAAAUAAAAACUCAAAUCAUCCCAUAGAAGAGUGAUAAUCAGAAAGUACUGAUUAUCAAUUAAUAGUCUUAGUAGGAUAAACGAAAGAUUGAAGACAUGAAGAAAUUCUAUGAUGAUCUGAUUAAAAAUGUGUCAAUGACUUAAAUGGAGGAAAAUAAAGUAGAAAAUGGUUCUAUGACUAUUAAUGAUACAAAUCUAAGCGAUAUGUACAAGAGAGUCAUGAACUAGUAAGAGCAGCAAUCUUAACCGCUUAGAUAAAGUGGUGAUUCAAAUUCAGAUAAAGAUAAAAAGAAAGUCAUCAGUGAAGUAAUCUAGGAGGAGGAAAACAUACCUUUUAAUCCUGAUGAUCAACCAUUUAUCGAUGAAACUGAUUUCCUCAUUGAUUAUAAUGAGUUCGAUAAUUAGGCUAGUUAAAAUCUAUUGGAAUCUAUGCUUAAAGAGUUUAACUAAUAUGAGUAUGUGAGUGACAAGUCCUAUGACGAUAAGGCACAGCCCCUAGUCAAUAGCAAUCUUGUUUAUUCGAACGCCUUGGACAAGGGUUAAUUUAUGGCUAACUCUUAUUUGUCAUUGUAAGGAGGUUAGAAUGGCAAGACUAAUACAUCUACAUUAUAAAGGCCUUUGAUGGUUGGUAUAGGUAAUAAUUCUAUUAACAAUUUUAACGUCUAAUACCAAUCUGAUGCUGAAUGUGAAUACUCCAACUAAAAGAGAGGCAAUCUAGGAAAGUUGAAUAUUCAGGACUAGCCUGUUCUGAAGAAAAAACUCAACUUAAUACCUCCAUAGAAUUAGAUCAAACAGAACUAGCCAGCCUAAUAAAUAACAGUACAAGCAAUCAACUAGCAAAAAACUGAUAUUUCCGAUAACUCCUUCAAUAACUUACCAGUCCAAAUUCAAAAUAAACAAGAAAUUUCAUAACUUACUGGGAUUAAUAACUCUAAGGAUUAGAAAUUGAUGAUACAGUUAUUUAAUGAAGAUGAGGAAUAGGAAAGGUUGAAUAAAGAAUUAUCUCAAAAGCAUAGCAAACUAUUAGAGAACCAGCAGUCACUUGCCGAAGAACUCAAGAAUACAUUCAAUGAUUUUGAAGAUAAUAUGUAUCUAAAUCCCCCAUAAACUUAUCAUCCUGGUCACUAAAAGAAGAAAUCUGAUAUGGAUUAUGUCAAUAUCAUUGAUAACAGCUAUGGCGAUCAAUCUUACAGUGAAGAUUCAGGUAUGAAAAAAGAUUUCCAGGAAAGAGUCAAAUAAGAACUCUUAAAUUUGAAAUCAAAGAAUGAUACUUCUCCAAAGAUUUAUAGCAAGCCUAAAGUUGAAAAUGACUUUGACUAUAAGCUUAGAUCUUAAGAGGAGUCAAAAGCAUACAGUAACAGCAAUAAUAACAACAACAUCAAUCACUCUAAGCCCUCAAGAAAGAAUAAUAGGUACGAAUAGGAGGAUUCAAUGAUAAACUUCGAUUUAACACAUUCUAAGCUAGACUAAACAGACUAGAUUAUCAAUUAGAACUAGGAUAGGCAAGCUUAAAAUAGAGAAAUCUAAGAGUAACCCAAAUACGAUUCUAGAUAGUCAUUGAAAACUCAAAUUAAAAAGUAAAUUCAGUCGUAUGUGGAACAAACUCAAUAAAAUGAAGAAAACCAAAGGGUUGAAAUUGAAGUAUUGCCACUUCAAGUGCUUAUGCCUGCUUAUAAUAGAAAUCAGAUGCAAUCGUGGAGUCAGGAAAGUCAUAGUUUAGCUGAUCACGAUAAAGUUAAGAAAACUUUACUGGGAAAUAUGAUGGUCUAAGCAUUCUCUUCUUCAGAACUUAAGUUAGUUAAAAGGAAUUAUCUCCCAUAUAAUGGAGCAACCUCAACUACCCAAUUAGCUCAGCAAGAUACUAUAGCCACAGCAAAUGCAAAUAAAGUUUUAAGAAGUGAUAAUGCAAACAAAAUAUCCUAAAACUAAUAAACUCUACCAUAGAUUCAAAUGAUUAGGCAGAGUCAGUAAAGCCUCAGAAAAAGUUAAAAUUUCGGGACAAAUUCCUAAGAUAGCAUUGUAUAGGAACUUGACAGCAUCAGCAAAAUAUAUGAAGAUCUAGAGACCGUUUAAGAGGAAGAAGCUGGGCAUACCUAUGAGAAGACAAAGUCAUUAGAGGAGACUAAGAUUGACAACUUCCUUAAAAAGUCAGUGAAAAAGAUUCCCAAGCAGUAAUCUAAUAGAUAUGGAGCGGGAAGUACAAGUGAUGAUAAAAUAUCUGAUAUGAAUCCAAAUGAAUAAUAGCAAAUUGAAACUCAGCCAGCAAUGCAGCAGAUUUUCUAUCAAAAAGAGGGUCUAAAAUAUCUUACAAAUGCUCAAGGUUCAAAUACAUCUUAGAAUCAAGGAGGAGGUGAAACUGAUGAGUAGGCAAGCUCAUUAGCACCUGGAUAUUGGCAAUGGAAGCGUGAGGAGAAGCAAAAUAGAUCCACUGCAAAUGCCUUUUUAUAUAAUCUUUAAACAUCCUCUGAAGAUGAAUCUAAACGUAAAGGCAAUAAUUUACUAGCGAAUGUUAGGCCUAGAAUCAAGAUGCAAAAGAAUCUCUUGCACAGCUCUGUCAAUGCACCUUUAUAUCAGCAUGGCCAAUCAACUUCGACUUAUUAAGCAGCCGCUGCAGCAAAAAGAUCAAUCAAGGAUGUCUCAUUUAAAAGUAAUAACGUUUCUACUCAUACUGAAGGAAGUGAAAGAUUGAAAGAAAAUCUUAAGAUGUUUUAGAAAAAUAGAAUGCUUGGUAAUAAAGUGAAGGCUGUAGCUAAGGAAUAGUAGUAGAAGUAGAUUUAGGAGUAGACCUUAGAAGAAAGCAUAAAGCUAUAGAAAUCUAAAACUAGCUUUUUUAAGAAAUGA